GCUGUGACACUAUCUUUAAGACUGCGGCAACAUACGUAAAGCACAAAUGCACAGGAACCUUGAAGAAUGAACUAUCGGCUAAACGCUGUCAAUUAUGCGAUCAAGGCGAGCUGUCCAAUCCGGAAUACUCUGCCCACAUGCUCAUGCAUCAGAUUACGACUUCCAGCCAGGAGGUUGACCAAAAGGAACUCUACGAUCCGAAAUGA